AUGACCUGGUUAGGUCACAUCAUUGAUCUCAGAGAGAUGUCGUUAGACAUUACACAGGAAAGAAAAGAUAAAGCCUGUUUGGGCAUCAAUGUCUUGUUAAAGACAAGAAGUCCGUCGCUGAGGCAGAGGCUCAGAGUUUUCGGUUUUUUAGCGUCCAUGUACCUGGUUAUACCCCGGGAUAAGUCAAAAAGAAAGCGGUCUUUAAUUACCGAAAUUGCGGAAAAAGCCUCGGCAGGUCACAGUAUUACCUACAGAUGGUCCCUCAAACGAGAUGAACGGGAGGAAUUGAUAGAGUGGCUUGAUUACAUACGAAACAGCAAAACCCAACUACGCUCUUUAAACGAGGAGUUUCGAGAUUUUUUCAUUAUCUCCACAGAUGCUUCAGAGUAUGGCGUGGGAGCCGUGUUCCACUCCUCGCAUGGAAAGAAUUCGAUCAGUACCCGUGAUUUACCGAUUGACUUGAGAAGAGCUUCCAGCACUGCUCGUGAGCUAUUCGGAAUCUUGCAUGCUAUUAGAGCUUUCAGUUCAAUGAUAAGCGGUGAAAGGGUUCAGAUUCAGACGGAUAGUCAGACAGCUCAGACAGUUUUUUAUAAAGGGAGUACCAAGAGAGACCUUCAAAGGCUAGCGCUCCAGAUCUGGGAAACGGCAGAGCGACUUAGAAUACGAAUGGAGGUUUUUUGGAUACCCAGGGAGCUAAACCGCGAGGCAGACAUGGUUUCGAGGAUUGUAGAUUUAGACGGAUGGUCCAUCUUGGACUCCAUUUACGAAAAACUUUGCGAGCUUUGGGGCCCUUUUGAGGCUGACAUGUUUGCCAACGCAGAGAACAGGAAAUGUGAGACGUUUGUUUCCAGAUGGUUCAGCGAAGGUUGUGCAGCCGUCGAUGCGUUCAGUGAUUCCGCAGCAAAAUUAUGGUCUCAGUGUCGUUGCUGGGACAAUCGCGGCCUAUUCUUCCAUAAGAAAACGAUUCCAGGAUUUCGCAACAACUUGAACAUCGACAAAUCACAUCUGGGAAAGAUACGGAAUCUUUUUCUGGCCCAUUUGAUCAACGAGAAUCAGUUAAAAGCUCUCCCAUUGGCGGUAGCCGCGCUCAACUUCUUCUAUGGGCACCUAGAAAGGGGAGAAGCGGAGCUCCAGAAGCUCCUCAUUGAUUCGGCCAAGAAGCAAACCCCUGCGGUAAGGCACAAGGAGAAGGCUACCGAUGAAGAUAUCGAUAGAGUGGUUAACUGGGCCCUGAAUAUCGAUACUCCUAAGACGAUAGAGGAUUCUUGCAUCAUAUUAUUGUCGUUCCUAGCAUUCCUCAGGAUUAGCGAGACAGCAGCCGUGCGAAAGGAACAUCUCGAAAGGAAAAGUACCGACGUCUGGUGGCUGCUUAUUCCGAAAUCGAAGACAGAUCAGAUAAAAAGGGCGAUGGAAGUCCUCAAACUCAAUGAUGUAUUAUUUGGAGCCAACGCCGAUAUAAGGGAGCACGAACAUCAAUGGAACGCCUGCGGAUAUGCGCCGACGAAACGUUUCAUGGAUCUCAACCGCAGAAAUUCAUGUCCGCCUUUUUCGAUUGUUAUGUAUUAUUGUUUUCAAAUCCUCUCUCUCUGCUAG